GAGCCGAGAAGGAGGGGGCUGGGAGGAGGGGGCUUAGACCCGACCGGGGGUUCGGCGACCAGGGGGCGGCCCGGAUGGUGAAAUCCUCCCUGCAGCGGAUCCUCAACAGUCACUGCUUUGCCCGCGAGAAGGAAGGAAAUAAAAAGACCCACGCCGCCGCCGCCAUGCCCGCCCUGCCCGCCAACGCCGCUUUGAGGAGUUCCAAGGUGUCCUUCAGUUGUUGUAGUAACCUGGGUCCGGGGCCUCGGUGGUGUUCCGAUGCCCCUCACCCACCCCUGAAGAUCCCAGGUGGGCGAGGGAAUAGUCAGAGGGAUCACAAUCUUUCAGCUAACUUAUUUUAUUCUGAUAAUCGGCUGAAGGUAACCGAGGAAAUAACAGCGAACAACAGGACGAGAAUCCUGAACGUCCAGUCCAGGCUGACGGAGGCCAAGCACAUCAGUUGGAGAACCGUGUUGAACAACAACAACUUGUACAUUGAAAUUCCCAGUGGCGCUCUGCCCGAAGGGAGCAAAGACAGUUUUGCAGUUCUGCUCGAGUUUGCUGAAGAACAGCUUCAGGUAGACCAUGUGUUCAUUUGCUUCCACAAGAACAGAGAUGACAGAGCUUCGUUGCUCCGUACUUUCAGCUUCUUGGGCUUUGAGAUUGUGAGACCGGGACAUCCCCUUGUCCCUAAAAGACCCGACGCUUGCUUUAUGGCCUACACGUUCGAACGAGACUCUUCUGAAGAAGACUAGAUUGCAGUGUUUGCCUGGUAGCGCUUUCUUCUUCGUAAAAGAUGAAUCCGUAGAAAUUUUCUCAACAUCUCCACGCGCAUACGCCUGUGUGCGCACGCAGCGACGGCCGGCUCUUUGUACGAAUUAUUGCGACAGGCUGCUCUGGUGGUGGGAGAAGAUGUUGGAAAUUUCCUACUUUUGGUCAUCUUUCUCUCCCCCCUCCCCUCCCCACCCUUGAUUUGUCCGCUUGUUGUGAUUGUGCAAAAAAAAUAAAUAAAUGCUCACUCCAAAUUAGCAGUAUAUUUCUUGGAAGUUUAAUAUUGUGUGUUUGUGAUACUGAAGUAUUUGCUUUAAUUCUAAAUAAAAGUUUAUAUUUUACUUUA